AAGCUUCACCUCUAAGCGGGAAAUAUGCUAUACGCGCGUUUCUCGCUACUCUGCUCUCUCUCUAUAUAAACCCCUCCCCUACCCCUUUCUUUCUCCCAUCCCUCAUUUGGCCCGGGUGGCUCGUUAAUUCUUCAUCCCCUCCUGUCUCUUCCGUGAUUCUGCUUGCACCUCAAAUGUCUUUUGACAUCAGAAAGGAUUACCCAUGGUUUCUUUGGUGUAACUUUUGGUUCGUAUGCCGUAGUCGGUUGUGGUGUUCUCGUCGUAUAUUGUUUCGGCACUGGACUUGAUAGGCAUAAAAGUUUUGUCUCAGCACUGGACUUGGUAGAUAUUCAAAGGGUUUGUGGAUUUUUCGGUUAGAAUUUUCCAUUUCCGAGUUUAAAGAGGUUGUAAUUGCGAUAAAUUUGAGGAUAAUUCUGAUAAGUGCAGAUAUAAUUUUUCUUGCUGUUGGACUAAGACCAGUUUUGGAUCUCAUUUUAGUAUUAUAGAAAAGAAAGUUCUUCCAUUAUGACGGCCAAGACCUUGCUCCCACCGGGCUUCCGCUUUCACCCAACUGAUGUCGAACUUAUUUGCUACUACUUGAAGAGAAAGGUAACAGGAAAGUCAUUUCGGUUUGAGGCUAUUUCUGAAAUCAAGCUGUACAAAUUUGCUCCUUGGGAACUUCCAGACAAAUCUUGUUUGCGAAGCAAAGAUCUAGAGUGGUAUUUCUUUUGCCCCCGAGAUAGAAAAUAUCCCAAAGGGUCUAGGGCAAAUCGUGCCACUGAUAUUGGUUACUGGAAGCCCACUGGAAAGGAUAAAGCUAUUAUCCAUAACUCUCAUACUGUGGGAAAGAGAAAGACUCUGGUCUUCCAUGUAGGCAAGCCACCACAAGGCAAUAGGACUGAGUGGGUGAUGUACGAGUACAGGCUAGAGGACAAGGAAUUGGUUGAUGCUGGAUCCUCACAAGACAUGUAUGUCCUCUGCAAGAUCUUCCAAAAAAGUGGUCCGGGUCCUAAAAUUGGUGAACAGUAUGGUGCCCCAUUCAAUGAAGAUGAUUGGGAAGAUGACACAAUUAUUGAGAAUGCCUUUUCGUUUCCUUGUGCACCAACUUCCAUACCAUUGGAUGAUCACCCUGUCUUGUUGGAGCCUAUUUGCCAACAAUCUGUAGCUUCUGGUCAUUGUGAGGUGUCUUCUACUCCUGAUCUUCCAGAUGCUGAUGGAAUGCUACUAGAGCAGCUGGCGGAGCUUCUCAAUGACUCUCCGCUUCAUUCAGAAAAUGCCCAUAACAAGAUAUCUAGUUCAGCUGUUCUGGAUGAAAAUAUCAAUGAAGUCUCUGGUGUAGAAACUGGAAUAUAUGAUGAACUGGAGGACCUGUCUGCUGAGGCAGGAAUAAAUGACAAUCUCAAUUACUCUGGCACCAUGGACAGGGAAUACGAGUUGCAGCCUAUGCUAUCAGAACUUGGCAGUGAACAAUAUGUGGAGCUGAAUGACCUUCGUUUUCUCUGGGAAAGUGAUUCCUCUGACUUGGUUAUGCGGGAUGAUCUGUUUGACCAGUAUCCACUUGUCGAAAAUCCUGGUUCCUUCCAUUUAAGUAACACAUAUGAUCAUCCCUUUUCCAUUGGUAGUGUCACUACUGCUGUCACAAAUGAUCCUCUUUCAGUGGGAGCUGAUAUGGUUGGUGAUAGAUCGACACUGUUUUUAGAGUUGGAAGAUUUGAGAUCGACACCAUUCUGUUUAUGAAGUGGAAGAUGAUGAAACUAUUUAUCUUGCAAGAAGUACUUGGAGCUAGUCAAAUGAAUCAAGUCAAGCACCAUAAUAAAUCCUUGUAGCUGAUUAUGCUUAUUGCAGGUGAGAAAACAAAUCAAUAAAGUAACGAGGAGUUCAGAGAAUACAGUGAGAUGAUAACAGAGCUUUUUUAGCUUAUGUCCUCAUCAGUAGAAAAGCAAUACAUGGUUCUCUCCGCAUCCUAUUCAGGCUCUGUAAACUAUGGCUCUGCGACCCAUCUCAGGUGGACAUUGAGGGCUGGUGAUUCCAGCUUGAUUGAUUCUAAUAUCUCCCUGAUGGCUACAUUUUCCUUACUGCAUUUUGCUAGACAUGCAUUCCUAAAGAUUUGACAAUUUUUCAUCUCAUGUCCAGUCACUGUUGAGUAUAGAGUCAGCUUGAUUAUCUGUUGUUACAUCUAGGAGUUCUCUGUUUGGAUUUGGGCUACUGCCAAUUGUCACUGGAAACUGGUAAACCUUCUUUAUUAGCAACUGUACUAUGUUUGCUGUUAAUACUUUCGUAUAGCUAUGUAGUGGAUCUUCGUGUGCAGAUGCAACAAUUUUCAUGUCUCUUGUUGCUUAUCAUUGUCGUGAAAGUCAGCUUCAUGGAUUGAUGGUGUCA